CUCCCGGCACUGGGCUCGUGCAGGGGGCGGGGCUUGUGCAGGAGUGACGCGGUCUCUCAGACACUUCCUAAAACAUGCUCGAGGCCGUCCAAAGCCGCGGCGCCCGUCCGGACCGUCUGCUGUGAACAGAACCGCGCCUGGACUUCUGGAUGGAAACAGACCCUCUGCUGGGCAGCUCCACGGAGUUCGGCUCGGGCCGGUCGGACUCGGACUCCUCAGACGCAGAUGAGGACCUGUACCUCCAGCAGGCCGUGGUCUUCAUUGAGGAUGCCAUCCACUACCGCUCCAUCAACCACCGCGUGGACUCCGGCUCUCUGCGGAUGUACAGAUGCUAUUACUCCAGGCUGUGUCAGUGGGUUUUGGCCGCCACCAUCACAGUGGUGUUGUUGCUGGCCUUCGUGGAGCGCCCUUCCUCCCUGUCCAAGACUUCGGACCUCCGGCACCGAUCUGAGCCCUGGAAUCCCCCCUGCGGCCUGACGGAGAGUAUCGAGAUGGUCUGUCUCCUCAUCUUCUGCCUGGAUCUUGGUAUGAAGAGCUACUUGAUUGGCUGGGAGGAAUUUAAGAAAUGCAAAUGGUUGAUCAGCUACAUGGUGGUUCUAUCGAUCUCCAUCAUCGACUGGGUGUUGUCCAUCAGCAUGCUGUGUCAUGAGACCCUGAGAGUUCGGCGACUUUUCCGGCCUUUCUUCCUCCUGCAGAACUCGUCCCUGAUGAAGAAGACGCUGAAGUGCAUCAAGAGGACUUUGCCAGAGAUUGCCAGUGUCAUUCUGUUGCUGGCUCUCCACCUUUGCCUCUUCACCAUGAUCGGCAUGCUGCUGUUCGCCAAAACCGCCGACCAGCAGGAGAACGAGGAGUGGCUGCUGCACUUCAGAGACCUGCCGCGGUCCAUCACCUCGCUCCUGGUUCUGCUCACCACAGCCAACAACCCUGACGUGAUGAUCCCCGCCUACUCACAGAACAGAGCCUACUCCAUCUUCUUCAUCAGCUUCAGUGUGAUUGGAACCUACUGUCUGAUGAAUCUGCUGACCGCAAUCAUCUACAACCAGUUCAGAGGAUACCUGCUGAUGUCGCUGCAGACGUCCAUCAUCCGGAGGCGGGUCGGGAUCCGAGCAGCCUUCCAAGUCCUCAGCUGUCAGAGAACCCAAGCCUCUGCUCAGGUCCUGGUGAGGGUCCACGCCGUGCUGAAGGUCAUGUCCAGAGUCAAGAUGAAGAGCUACUACAGAGCCGCCAUCAACGCGGCGGUGCAGGCGCAUGCAGACGUGGGCUUCAUGGACCGCGAACAGUUCCAGAAGGUGUUCGAUGAGCUGGACAAAGACCGCAUCACAGAGCAUCCUCCUCUUCCUCAGUACAGCAGCGUCCUCCUGCAGAAGCUGCAGCAGCUCUUCAGUCACUACUACCUGACGGUGCUGGGGAACGCCGUGGCGCUCACCAACGUCAUGUGCAUCUGUACCGUCCUGGUGCUGAACUCCGAGAAGACCACGGUGGAGCGGAACAACUCCAACCUGGAGAUCAUCAACCUGUGCUUCAUCCUCUACUACCUGCUGGAGAUGUGCGUGAAGAUCUUCGCCUUUGGUGGGAGGGGCUACCUGUCCUACAGGAACAACAUCUUUGACGGCGUCCUCACCGUCCUGCUGCUGGUUCUGCAGGUCACCAUAUUCAUCAAGUACACCCCCCCGAGCCCCGUGGAGAGUAACUCGUCUCUCUGGGAGCUGGUCCGUCUGGUCAACAUGCUGAUCGUCUUCCGCUUCCUGCGCAUCAUCCCGGACAUCAAGCUCAUGGCUUUGGUUGCCAGCACGCUGAUGGACCUGGUGAAGAACCUCCGAGCGUUUGCAGGGAUUCUGGUGGUCGUGUACUACGUGUUUGCGGUGUUAGGGAUCUGGCUCUUUGAAGGCGCCAUCAAGCCUCCUCCUGGGAUCAGUGGGCUGUCCAACACCGCGCUGCAGAACGUCUCCAACGCCAGCAUGGAGUGCGGCACCUACGAGCAGCUGGGCUACUGGCCCAACAACUUUGAUGACUUUGCUGCGGCGAUUAUUUUGCUCUACAACGUCAUGAUCGUCAACAACUGGCAGGCCUUCAUGGACGCCUACAGCAGAUACACCUCAGAAUGGUCCAAAGUCUACUUCGUGUGUUGGUGGCUCACCUCUUCAGUCAUGUGGGUCAACCUGUUUGUGGCGCUCAUCCUGGAGAACUUCAUCUAUAAGUGGGACCGCAGUCACAGCUGCUCCAUCACGGAGGUGGAGAAGAUCCAGUAUGAAACGUCCAUCCAGCUCAUGUUCAGGGAGCAGAUCCAGGAGCCAACGGAGGAGGAGUUACUUUGUCAGCUUCACCGACAUCCUCACCUGCAUCUGCAGUGGUGACUUCAGCGCCCAGAACCAGAACCACCCAGUCAGACCAAACCCAGCUGCAGCAGUUCUUCGGUUGCAGGUGAAACUGCAGCUGGAGCUUCUUCCAGGUUCAGAGACAGAAAUGACAGACCUCCCCAGAACCAGCAACCUUCAGGGUGAUGAGACCUGCAGCAUUUGUAACCGUUGCUCAGAAGGACGGAACCACUCCAGAACAUCGCCUUUCAGCAGAACUUGUGCAAAGGACCGUUUCUUCUGACGUGAGUCGGCAGCAGAACCGGACCAGGUGACCUUUAUCCACGUUUGACCCUGAAAAAUCCACAAUGUUCAAAAAAGACCCCCAGUGUUCAUAGAGAACCGGAGCGUUGCCAUAGCAACUGGAGCUAAAACAUGUUCGACCAAAACCCUCGUUCAGAACAUCGUUCUGAAACAGAAGUCCUGUUUCACUUUAAUGAGUAACCAUCCAAACCGCGGAAGCCCGUGUGGCACAGGAAGUGCCAUCACGCACUAACGGAACCGUUCUUUCAUCUUCUCUGAACCGCUCGCGUUUUCUCCUGGAGGGUGUUGGCACAGAAACAUCCUGACCUUUGAAAAUGGAGAACUGAUCAUCUGAACAUGGUAGUGUUUAAGCAUCAAACUGAUGGGAAAGUGAUGAAGAGGAACCUGAGGUUCACCUGAAGCUUCAUGAACACGUGACUGAAAGUCAGUAGAAAAAAACAAAGUUGACUUCAUCAAAUCCAUCAUUUGAUUAAACAAUAAUAAGAUUCAAUUAAAAUAGAAGAGUUCCUUAAAGUUUAUUAUAUAUGUUAGUCUGCAUUGGUUCUGAAUGAAUCUAUCAUUUGGGUUUUUUGGGGAGUACGAAGCAUUUCUGUCCGUUCUGAACUCUACAGCACCACCUACUGGCAAACAUGGUUCAAAAGGGAAACAUGUCACUUUAUUGAAAUGUAUUUUAUCAGGAAAAAAGCAGCUGCUGUUUACACAAUGGAUGUAAAAUAAAUAUUUUACAGAAA